CCCGGAUUUCCUACCACCUCAAGCCUAAACCUAGCGUAUCUUGCCAUGGCGACGAUAAAUCUCACCGAAUUCGUAACCCUCGAAUCAAGCGACGGCUUUGAAUUCAAAGUCCUGCGUUCCGCUGCUUGUCUCGCUGGCACGAUAAAGAAAGCGCUUGAUCCUUCGUAUGGCUUCCGAGAAGAGUCUGAAGGCCGCAUUAAACUUGCAACAAUCAAUGGCGUAACCCUUGAGAAAGUCUGCGAGUACUUGUAUUAUCACCAGAAACAUGCGGAGGCUAAAGACGUGCCUGACAUGGAGAUACCUCCAGAGUUGUGCUUGGAAUUGCUUAUCGCCGCGGAUUAUUUGGAUAUAUGAGGAUGUAGUACAAGUCUGAGGAUUAGAUAUAAAACUUAUACUGGGAAGUGGCGAUCAUUCUGCGACUAAAGGAACUGAUUGCCGCUGCUUAGAUUGCUUAGCCG